AUGGAGGGUCAUCCUCGUGAAACUUCAGCAAAUGAUAACGAAGUUGCAAGUAUAACGAGGUCUACUACACAAUCAUCUGAACAUUCAAUAUCCUUACCAAAUACUUUAGUAACGAAUAGUGGUUCAAGUUUCCACAACAUGGAUAAUGACAAUUCUAAUAAUUCUAAUGAACAAACUUCACCUGGAUCCAGAGGACAAUCAAGAGCAGUAUUAUCUUCAGUUUUUUCUUCUGGACCAACGUCUUCCUUUGCUACGACGUCCGUAAGGGCAACUGCAGCAGGUUCAAGACGGGUCAGACGGAAUUGGUGGGGGUAUAUUGUUGAUAGCUUUAGAUCUAUAUCUAGAACUUCCAAGAUGUUAUUAAUUCUAAAUUUAAUAAUGGUUCUUAUUCAGGUUGUUGUAACUAUAGUAAUUCUUGUAAUUUCACGUAAUCUAAAAUGUGAUAGGCCAUUAGAGGUGUUUCUUAUGUUGUAUAUUGUUAGGGUAAUAGUUGCAUGUCCAGUCAAUGUAUAUUUAUAUUUAAAUCCUAGAGAUAACAGACGAAAUGGUCAAAAUCAAAAUGAAAAUGAAAAUCAAAGAAGGGAUGGAUGGGUUGAUCGACUAAAAUCUUUUCUCGAUCUCUUUGCUACUUUAUGGUUUAUUUUUGGCAAUUACUUACUUUUCACCACCUCAUCAUGUCACCAAACUUCACCACCAGUUUUUUACCUUUCUUUAACAUGGGUUAUCCUCGGAUACAUUAUUAUUACAAUCCCAAUAUUAUUAUGUUUGGCUGUUAUAUUUUGCCUGCCGUGCGUAUUGGUAGCAAUGAGGGUGUUAAAUGUUAGUGAAGCGGUUGGAAUUAGUGGUGCAAGAGAUGAUGUUAUUCAAAAGAUACCUUUGGUGAAAUAUAAAGCAUCUGGGGAAAGACAUGAAGGACAACAAUCACCUGAUACUGUUAUAACCAUACCACCACCACAAAUCCCACCUAUGACACCACAACCAUCGUCAACACGUAAAAAACCUCGAUUUAAAUUCCUUUUCGGCAGAAAUAGCAAAGGAACAUUAACCAAUUCACCCCCAACAGUUUCACAAUAUCUUACCAUUCCAAAUUCUGAUGAUGCUGUUUGUUCAAUUUGUUUAGAAUCUUAUGAAGAUGGUGAAGAAUUAAGACAUUUAUGGUGUUCUCAUCACUUUCAUAAAGAUUGUGUAGAUGAAUGGCUUAGAUUAAAUAAAAAAUGCCCAAUGUGUAGUAGCAGGGUUGAUCACACUUCAAAUCCGUCUGAAGUUGAAGCAUCUAUAUCUUCACACAUAUAA